AUGGAUGACAAAUUUAGACACAACUCCAUUGUCAUCAUUGGAGUUUUACCUUCUAGCACCAAGGAUCAAUUUAUCCCUAGGAACUCUCAGCCAUCAGAAUUCAAAGCGCCACUGAAGUUGCUCCUGAGAUGCCGAGAGCGUCAUCGCCUCCUAGCAACUCUCAUAGCAACGGGCCAACAUCUGCUCCCUCUGGACCAAUCCGGGAGCGGCACAUCUGGGCUGCCCGCCUCCUGCUCUGAAGCGAGUCGGGGAUGCGCUCGGCAGCGAGUGGAGGGACCUGCCGGAGCUGGGGCUGCCGCCGCGGGCAGGCUGAGGAGCAGGAGCCGAGCGGGGAGGCGGCGUUUCAAGCCAGGGGCGAGCGCCGGAGCCAGCCCCGCCCUGUGGCCCGGCUUGCCCGCUGAUCCCAUCAGGGUAUUGACAAAUACGCUAACGACGUCGAAAGUAGCCUACUUUAAGAGAAAAUAUGCAGAAGAAGAAGAUUUACAUCAAGAUUACCAGGGGUAUUUUCCAAAACACCUGAUAUUACCUGAGGACCGGACUUGUAUUCUAAAACUGUCUCUGCAGAAACUUCGAUUCCUUGAAGACCCUGAAACCUAUCUCCGCAGGUCUGUGCUUAUUAACAAUUUGCUGAGGAAGAUCCACCUAGAGACAGACAAAGAGAGCUAUGAAUACUUUAAGGAGGCACCCUGUUAUAGGACCGCUUACUCGGAUACAAGAAAACGGCUGAAGUUUAUGGUACAAGAAUGCUGUUCUCAGUCACUCUAUUAUGAAGAGCUGCAUUCGUAUCAUAUUGUGCCUUAUUCUACAGAGAAUUCCAUUUAUGGAAUGGGCUAUACAAGCAGCCACUUGGAGCAAAAUUCUCAGUUGCUUAUUUAUAAAAUGAAUUGAAGUAGCUGUUAGAUCCACUGAUGUUUUGUUUCUGAAUGCUUGAACUGCUUAUUAACAUGCGAAGAUGAGGCACUAAUUGUAAACACACUUGUGAUGAAAGACGGGAUACAAACAGAGAUGAAUGGAGGGUACUUUGAUUAAUACUCUGCAGUCAUUGGUAUGCAAAGGGUUUUAUAAGCAGAGAGCUUGCGUGCAAUGCAUUUUGUAGAAACUAAGCGACAUUAAGUUGCCAGUGUAGAUAUAAACAUUUUAUCUACUUUGUAUUUAAAUUAUGCCAUACCAGGUGAGAGGUAAAAACCAAAAGUGACAGAUUAUUCUGACAAUGAAAAUUUAGGGGUGGGAGUUAUUUUCUGUAAGGUUUAGAAAGCAAGUUUUCUUUGACAAAUGCUUUGAAUGUGAAGGAAUCAGUGCCAAAAGAAAUGCCUCUUUGGUUAGGAUUUUCAAAAGAGCAAAAUAACUCAUCCAGUAAUCACAAGAAGUUCUACACUGAGAUCAGUCAGCACUCUAGUGAGGGUGUUUUUAAUUGAGCCACUAAAUUGCUCUCACUUCUUACUUAUCUUUCUGUUGACACACAUUUUGCGACAAAACGGAAUGACUCAGAUGAAAGUCUAUUUUCUCAGCCAGUUGUCAGUGUUUUCUAAACAUGAUUUGAAUCCCCUCCAGGUUGCCUGGCUGGAAUUCUGAGGUUUGUGUGUGUGCGUGCGCUAUUUACUAUUCGACCAUGUGGUACAUCGCACGAUCAGUGUUAGAGCUUAGGUGGGCACUUUUUUGUGAUUUGAAAACAAAAUAAAACAAAAACCCACAUUCCAGAAAGGGAAUAUAUUAGACACACUGGAGUAAAACCUCAGAGGACUUUCAUUUGAGAUGAGUUUAAUCUGCAUUAGUGACAGUGUUUGAGGUGGAGUUAGAUGUCUAAUGUCAAUUUUUCAAAUUUCCUUUAGAAUAUAUAUCAAGCAUGUCCUAUGAGACACAUUGCGCAAUCUGAUGACGAGAAUGGGAAAGUCAUAGCUGCCAGAGCUAUGUUCUGAAAAUACCAAAGAGUAGCAUUAGGGAGAGAAUGACAUUAAAAUAAAUGGGGUCAAAAGCAGGGAUUGCACUGUAACUUGGGAGAACAUUAUGAACAAGCCAGUAAACUACAUAGUUACCAAUAUAUUUGUUGUUCACUUAAUGAUGACUUGCAACACAGAAUUGCUGAACAAAUAUGCCUGAUCCAAAGCUUAUGGAAGUCAAAGGGAGUCCUAUAGACUAUAAGUUUAUAGUGAAGGAAUCAGCUUUGCAUUGCAGGUUUUAGCCACUGGAGCUUUAAAGGUAAUGCUAAGUGAAAUAGUAGUAUAUUGUAACAAUGGAGGCAGACAUGUAUUCAAGUAACCAAUUUUCUCAUGUAGAUUUGACUGAUGCUAUUUCUCAAGUGUUAUACAGUAUGAACAAAUAAAAAUGGCCUUACAUGGAUGUGCUUAGUAUAGAACAAAGAUUCCACCUGUAACCCUACUUAAAAUGCCUUGCUCUUGUAUAUUGCACACACAAUUGCUGCUGUCAGACAUGUAUUAACCGUACAAUAAAUAAAAGACAAGGGCAGGAAGUAUGAGGAGCAAAGUCAAGUGAGUCAAGGAUGAUAUUCAUAGUUAGAAGCCAAUGCGGGUUUCAGAGACAGGAAGAGAGAGAACUAAAAAUCCAGGAAAGAAGAGAAUUUGUAGUAAAAAUGUUCAGACCUAAAUUCAACACAACUACUACUCCCAAAUUUCAGAAUCUACAACUGUAUGAAAUGCCCUUACUAUUAAAUAGCCUACGGACAGCACAGAAAUGGGAAAGCUGGAAAAUGGGGCAAUGCCGCUUCUUAAGUGAAAUUAGUAAUUGUGAAUGGUUAGGUUCUGAGAAGCCACUUUCAUUUUUCUUAGAGGCAAAAUGUCCAUACUUACCUUGGAGGUAAAGGGGUCAAAUUGUCUGAAGACCAGAUCCUCCGCUGGUGUGAUUCAACAUAGCUCCGCUGGUGUAAAUCAAUGGCCUCUUGUUGGCCCACUGGAGUAAUGCCUGCAGAAAAACUGGCCCAAACUUUCAAACAUUAGCUCGCAUUUUGCAAACUGAAGUAUUUUGAAAAAAACAUCGGUUAAAAGCUACUAAUAUACGCUACAUAUCACAACAAGGAAAACUGAAAGAAGGCCAGGCUAGUCUGGAGAAAGGCUCCAAUUAUCUAGUAUGUGUAAUAAGUGUACUACUAUAAACCGGUAGUGAAAUGAGUUUACUGUAUGAUAUGUGAGAGAAUGAUAUGAUCAGUGUUGUUAGAGGAGCCAUCAUCCCUCAGAGAGCUCUCUUAUCUCUGAUGGUACAUUGCCUACUGUGUGUGCAGGGACAGCUGGGGAAAGGGAUAUUAGAGGACUAAUAGGUGUCUCUGGGAAAUUAUUUCUGCCUUCUGGUUUUAAAAAUAUGUAAUUUUCUGCUCGAAAGUGAACAGAUUCAUGCACUUUUUUCUUUGUGUUAGUUUUUCUGCAGCAUUCGAAAUGAUCAGCUUAUUUUAUGAAAUGCUAAAUAACCCUUUCUCACUGACUGACAGUGUAUGCACACUAUAAUUCUGGGCUAAAAGGCAAGGCUCAUUACAUUACAUUAUACUUCACAAAUAAUUCAUAACGUUACUUCUACUAUUUUGCAAGAAAGGAAGGGAAAAAAAUUGAGCUGGAGUUAGCCUUUAACCUUUGCUAGAACUACAAUACUUGUUGAAGUCAUCUUUGAAAAAAUGACUUUGUCUGGGGAAAUAAGUAACUGCUUUCUGGCCUGUUAAAAGCUUAUUUUAUAUGAUGCUGCAUGAUGGGUUGCAGCUUAAUGCACCUUUAAAAGAUAUCAAGGAAAAAACAAACAUCCUGAAAGGGUCUCAGGUAACUAACUGCUUGGCGUUUCAGAAGAUCAAGGGUUUGGUUCUUCCAGAGACGGCUGAAAAAUGGGAUAACAUUUUCACCAACGUUUUGUUCCUCUCUUUUUGGGCCAAAAAAGUUUAAGCAAAAUGUAAUUAAAAUAUUUCAAGCAGAAACUGGAUGAAAUUUUUGUGAAAUUUUCCCACCCACUCUUUCUUGGUUAAAUUCUUGAGGAAAAAAAUUAAUCAAAAACUUCAGAAUUGUGAACAUUCUCAACUGCCCCCUACUUGCACUUCAUGUCGUUUAGCUGUUUAUUGCAGAGCUUUGCUCACACUAUACACAGCUCCAAAUGACUGCACAGGCACGCUGAAGAGGAGAAUCAGACCCUACAACUUGACUAUGGAAGUUAUUAAAUUAUCUAGUGAUAUUUGAAUACUCUGUUACCAAACCACCAUUUAGUACUGUAAUCCAGAUACAUAAAGAGAUGUUUUAUUGAUAAAGCCAUUCAGGGUUUAGUUUGACUUCUGCAACACGUUUUUCUGAACUUUCCUAGGUGAUCCCAUCUAUAGGUAGCCCAGAGUCAGACUUCAGUGUAAAGAAAUGUAUAUGAUUUUACAACUGUACUAUGCACACACACAGGUCAUAUUUGUACUGGGUGUAAAGAAAUUCCUUCCUCUCAAAACCAGUUGUCUUGGAAUAUAUUCUAAAAAUAAUGUAUGACACCUUAGAGACAAUAUAAAGGCUAUGUCGGACAGGGAAAGAUUUGGUAGCAACAUUUGGUAAUUUUGCAAAUGACUGGCUUAAGAAAAAUUAACGUUUAGUGCAGUGUUGCAUGUAUUUACUCAGAAACUCACUUGACUGUUUAGUAUAAACAUGUAAAUUAUUAUGUUUUCUUUGUACCACUUUUCCUGGUUGGCUUCAAGUAUCAGGCCUGAUCUUGAAAACAUUUAUUAGCAGGCAUCGUGCUUAUUGCACUGAGUCAUCUCAUUGCCUGCAGUGGAACUAUUUGUGGCCAUAAGCAUUUACAGGCUCAAGCUCAUAAUUAUCACUUGCCAAAGGCAGAGUGUCUUGCAGUUACAUGAUAGAGGACUUACAUACUCCUGUAAGUCACAUGCAUUUGGAAACACAAUGGCCUGGAUUCUGUAAGCUUUUACAAUGUGCUUAACUUACCAACAUGUGUAGCCUCAUUGAUAUCAAUGGGAUACUCAUGCUUAAAGUUAAGCAUGUGCGUAAGUACUUGCAGGAUUUGGCUGAUGUAUACAGUGGAGCCACUCCCAAGUUGCCUAAUUUUCAAUGGAUGUGAUUACUGAGCUACCGCUUGAGUUCUUGAAUAUGUAUAUCAGGCAUCGUCAGUAAAAGUUUUGUUUUUAGUGAAUGCGUUCAGUUGAGUAUAUCGAAUAUUGUGCCUUAAAGUCCCCUCGUCAUAGGAGCCUUCUGUGAAAACUAAACCACAAUAUAGCUGAUGAUAAUUUUGUGUAUCCUCCAAAGAUCCAGGUUGAUACUUGGGAGUACAUUAAAAAGCCAUUACUCUAAAAAGAAACCUAAUAGCAGGAUUUCAGACUCUAACCAAUAUAAACCAAGGCUUUACUUUUUCCUUUUUAUUCAAUGAUUUCUCUUUCAUGAUUCAUUCAGUGAUAUUUUCCCAGUUCUUGUCAUACUCCUUGGGUUCUAUUUUACCCACAGCUGCAGGUUAUACACAAGAUGCUCUUCAGAUAAAUUCAGUGACAGAGCUGCAAAACAGAAUCCUCUCUUUCAUUUAAAUCCUUUAUAUACAAUGUUUUUGCAUCAGGGAAUCACCCUGGCAUAAUAGCUGGUACAGGCAUUGUCAAAUAUAUUUCAUAUUAAUAAAGCAUCAAAAGGAGACAUCUCUUUCUACUGAAAGCAUGAACCUGCAUUAUAAUAUUAGAUCGUGAUUCUACACCACUUAGUUGGAGUAAUACAUAUUUGUUGUAUAAUCAUGGAAAAAUGUUGUUUUUAAUGUUUAAAAUUACUUGGGACCUGGUUUAAGAGAUUGUUUUCUAAAGUGAAUGGUAGAAAAAGUGUACAUGUAUUUUAAAUAUAUAUGUGUGCAUGUUAUUAAUAAAAAUCUAUUU